CAGAACGCGACACCAAUCUUUGUUGACACAACCUUUUCAUUUCCAGGCGCAGCUCUCACAUGUACCGACAAUUUAUCGUGGGGGUAUGAGGCACUCAAUGUAGCCACGUACACGACUGAUAACCCAACAGGCUCAACCGCGGGCUAUAUUAUGGAGACAACGGAAUACCACGUGCCCGACGAUUGUUCGUGCGGUGUACUCAAGUCCUGGACCUUCAUCGCGCGGUCCGCCGGAAGUUUGACCUUGCAAGUCUGGCAGCACGACAACAGUGAACAGUACACGAUAAGAGGGGCAAACUACUUCACAGUUCCAAGUGGAGCAAUUGGUAAGGAAAUCGAAUUUCAAGUGCCCCAGAAGGACCGCAUAACGAUUCGGAACAACUAUCUCAUAGCAUGGCUCUCGAACGCUCAGACGAGCAUUAUAGCGAAACGCGACGGGCUGGAGUCAUUACCAGACGAACAAAGGAUCUUUAAGAACAUGAAUGCCUUGGAUCCAUUCGGAGAAGGCAUUUUCGAUUGGAGUGCUGCUUCAGCAAACGACCCGCUUAAUCCCAUCAAGAACACCGCCUUUGCCAUUAGAGCUACGGCAGCCAAAAACACAGCCCCAGAGUUCACGAACCUCCCCCGGGAUGUGUGGAUUUACGGUGACACGGCCCCAGGGACGCUCAUAUACUCGGUAUCCGCCAGCGAUAUUGAUCCCUAUGACGUCAGCAGUCUAUUGAUUACAUACGAUGAUACAGCGAGCUUUCAAUUCUAUUACGACAGAACAAGGGGUAACGUCUAUCUGGGAUCGUACGGCGCGGCGAGGGGCACGUACACUAUGACGUUCACUGUCACGGACCAGUGUGGAAACACCAACAGUGCAGUCCUGACAAUAAAAGUUCUCAACUGGGCCCCCAAAUUGCACGGCCUUCCGGCGUUCUAUUCUAUCACCGAGGAGACGGUGAACGAACUUACCCUAGCAACCGUCAACAUCACAGAUAGAGACAACACAACCUGGACAACGAAGACUUUUAACAACGACUCUAACCUGGAUGCGGAAUUGGAGCACGAAGGCUUCCGUCGUAAGUAAUGUUCGGGUGUGGCAUUGGUGUUAGUUGGUUACCGCAAAAGUAAUAUUCGGAUGUGGCAUUGGAGUUAGUUGGUAACCGUAAAAGUAAUGUUCGG